GAUUUUAGCUUUUGAGCGUUUUCCCGCCAAAAUACGCGACAUAAUAAAAAACCUCCUCUUAAUAGUCUGACGUGUGGUUUUCUAGUAUUUUUACAAAGCAGUACUCUUUCAACCACAUAUUUAGCUAAUUUAUAUACACAUGCAAAGUUUUAACAUAUAUAUGUAUAAAAAUAACUUAACUUCAGUCUUAAGCGGUUACACUUUCACGAUAUUAUACCAGAAGAAAUCGUUAAUACAUCGUGUUUUGAUUUUAAAAGUAUUCCUAUAAAGGUCUUUCUUUGUUGUAUAUAUGAACUGAAAUUGCUCAAUUUUCUCUAAACGGAUAACUUAAUCACAGUUAUCGAAUCAAAUGAUGCCUUUGUAAUCGAAAAAAGAUUGCAUUUUGUAUUUUUGAGCCAUUUUGUAUAAACUUAAACGGCUCAAUUUUCUCUCGACGAAGAUAUUAUUUACAGUUAUCGAAUCAAUUGAUGGCUUUUUAUCGAAAAAUUAUAGUAUUUUCAACUAUAGGCGGUCAGAUUAACCGUGAUAAUACUGUCGAAAUUGUUUGUGUACUUUCUCCAGGUCAUUUUGAAUGAGUUUGUUUCAUCGUUAUUGCGAAGUGAAUAAAUCCACGCCAUGAUCAAAAGAAUUACUAGUUUUGGUAAAGUUUGGGAAGUCAAUCCUCUUGGUAAAGUAAACUGUAAGAAUUCUUUGAGUGAUAGAUAUGGUUUAACGAUGGUCAGGCUAGCUAGCUUUUCAACAGCCUGAUGAUCUAGUUUUAAGUUGUUUUUUAGUAACUAUUUAAAUAUGAAUCGUUUUCAAAAGGUUUCUCCUCAAAUGUGGUAUUGAACAUUGAACAGCGUGAUGUCUAGUUUUAAGUUGUCUUUUUAUGUUGCCAUUUAAAUAUGAAGCGUUUUCAAACGAUUUCUCCUCAAUUGUGGUAUAACAACUGACUGAAAUAGACCACAACACUUCACGACGUGUCAACUAAAAGACCUUCGCCAGGCGAGUUAGCAAAGUUUCCAGCGAUUGUUUUGAAUUUGAUACUCAGAUGCAGAGUGGGAUUUGUAAUUUAAAUGUCAAGUGGAAUAAACAUGUGACGAACUCUCCGAAGACACAAAUCGACUGAAAACGGAAGGACUUGAAUUUGUUGUGAUGUGCUCGCUUUGGAUUUGAAUUUCUCGCUUGAAUAUUUUCUUUGUGUUUCUGAAUGGCAUCAUCUGUAGUCCAGGGGCAGGGGUCAGGAUUUGACGAGAACCGUUUCGAUGGUCCUGUAAGCGAGAACUUCAAGUGCACGAUAUGUUUUAACGUCCUCAACGACCCGAAGAGUUGUCAGAACAACCAACAUUACUUCUGUAGCGCGUGUAUUCAUCAAUACGUACAAAAUUACUCUCAGACUUGUCCUGAAUGUCGACAGGAAUUGACGGUGGAAACGUUGGUCACACCUCCCAGGAUUUUGUUGAAUUGUAUUUCAGAACUUCCAAUCAAAUGUGAUCACGUCGAACGAGGUUGUACCGCCAGAGUUCAACUUGAAAAACUUAAAAAUCAUCUCGAUGAAUGUGGUUUUGCUCCGGUUACGUGUGCGAAUGAUGGUUGUGACGCGGUUGUCAACAAACGAGACAGAAUUCACCACGAGACUGAACUAUGCGAGUUUCGCAGAGUGCAAUGUCAUAAUUGCGAAGAAUUGAGAAAUGAGAUGUCGAGAUUGAGCGAGAAACAAGAAAAUUUGAGCAAAACUACUGGUCAAAAACUAGUAAAGUUGGAAGGAAAGCUGGAUCAAGUCACAACACGGCUUCAGACUAUCGAAGGGAAUGUUAUGAGCAAAAUUACCGGGUUAAAUUUGGCACAUGAACGAGGAAAUGCGAGCGUUGUUCAGGAAAUUAACGAGAUCAAGGGUUUUAUGAGCGAUGUGUUGCAUAAACUCAGUGAUAUCAACAAUGUUGUCUGCCAAAACCAAGCCUCGGAAACCCAGGAGAAAGAAAAUAAUAAAAGAGGAGACGAACGAGUUGGUGGACUAGCCGUUGCUUUGGAUGAUAAGAAAGGAGACGAACGAUUUGGUGGACUAACCGUUGCUUUGGAUGAUAAGAAAGAUAGUUCUGCUGAAAUAAAAAAAAAUGAUGAGCUGAUGCAACACAGCAAAACACAGGAUUCUUCUGUUGGUGAAAGCCCGAAGUGCAAUAUUCCUGCCUGGUCGCCUAAAGAUUAUGAUGGUAAUGAUAAUUCUGACGAUGUACCUCGGCCUUGGUAUGUUCCAACACUCACACCGAGAAAAGAACGGUUUAGGCUUAAUAAAAAAGGCCGCGCUGCCGACGCAGUCGUCGCUCAAUCUUCGCCUAGAUCCAAACCCAAAACGCACAGAAAUAUUGAAAUAGGCAUGCAAGUAGCUGUUAGUAGGCUCAAUGGAAAUCUGAGCGUCAUAGGAACGGUUCGAUAUGUCGGAACUUUACCUCUUGACAGAGAGAAAAUUUACGUUGGAGUCGAACUGGACUUUGCAAACGGUGAUAACGAUGGCGUCUUUGAUGGAAAACGAUAUUUCUGGUGCCGACUGAAUCAUGGCGUUUUCUGUCCCAUUGGUCAUGUGACACCAUUGUGAUAACUAUAGAACGUCAAGUAUCGUAUGAACUCUCUUCUAUGAAAUAAAUCAGUUGUAAAUUCUGGUAAAGUAUCUCGGAAGAAGAUGUGUGACGUAAAUUUUUCAACAAGUAAUCUUUCGCAUGUUAUAAUUAUUUUGAUGAUAUCGAUACAAACCAAUCGAUAAAUAUUGGCAAUCAAGAGGAGUCGGUAUAACAAUCGAUACUAAAUACCAAUGAUGAAGUGUAAUAGUUUUACAAUGGAUGAUAAUUAAUUUUUUAAAGAUUCCGUAAAAACGUGUG